AUGUCAACUUCAUUAACGGUAGCUCGUUGGUAUUUAAGAACAAAAAAUUUUCAAGUGUACAAUAGUUUAUCACGACAAACUAAACAAACCUCUUUAUCCAGUACACAACAAAAAUAUUCUGGAAAUUUACCAACUGCAUUGAUUACAACUCUUUUGAUAUUUAUAAUAAAAUUACCAUCUUAUAUCGAACGAUAUUCUCGUUAA